GUAACAUGCAGAAGAACGCCUAGUGCCGUCGUUUUCCGGAUCUAACUGAACGAGCAUCGAACGUUAUCGGAUUAACGCGAGAUCUGCAUAUGCUUGUGAGAUGAAAUAAAUUUCGGUAACGCAAGAUGGCUGAAGCAGAUGUGUGUAUGACGUGGAGAGGGGAGGAAAAUCGUGUCGGCUUAAGCUUACCAAAGUUUUGGUGCGUUCACACGAUACACCGUGUGCGGGCCCGCAGUCGACCGACAACUUGGGGCGCGCACAGAGACGAUUCGUGCGGUCGACCGGUUGAAGCGCUCACGCAUAAUUCGUCCGAAAGUGAGACGGUAUCUGUAUCGACUUUUCAGGAAAGCGCACAAGCUCCCAAUCGUUCGUCCGAGAGCAGCAUCCGCAAUGUCAAAUCCAGACAAUUGGUCGAUACCACUGAACGCUCUAGAUACAGAAGAAAAUAAGAAGGUCGUGGAACAGCUAGCGGAGUCCAAGAAACAACUAGACAGAAUAGAGGCGUUAGCCGAGGCGUGCUACAAUGUGGGAAAGACCAUCUCGGUACAGGACAUGGAGGCGGUGCUCCCCUAUAUUGCCGAUUGCGAUCCUGCCAAUCUGGAGAACUCUACCGCGAACUUCAUUCUGACUGGAUUAAAAAAAAUGCUGGAACAGAAGAAGCGAAUAAUUGAUGCGCAGAAAGCACAGACGAAAGAAGACUUGCCAAAGGAAAAGUGCCCGAUUGGCAAGUUAUCGAAUGACGAAGGGUGCCUUCUUACGGCGAAGCUAAAGGGCUCAGCAUUAGAAGAGAUUGAUACUCAUACGUUUUUCUCAAGUGAAGAUGGACUAAUUAGACAAUAUCCGACUUUCCGACGUAUUCCGGAUUUGAGUAAGAAAGAAAACAAUGUAUUCACCUGUAAAUUCUGUGCCGGAAAAUUUACUGUUAGGGCCCACUAUGAAAGACAUAUGGACGCUGCAUACGAUAUAAUUUUUUCAAAUGUUGACAAGAACGCUAUCCCUUACAUGCUCAAUCCCUGCCAUAAAAGUUAAAGUCACCUACGAAAUCGCAAAGAGCCUUUUUUACAGCGUUCAACAAUCACACAAUAGAAUCUAAACUCAUUUUAAAAGUUCAUCAGAAGACUGCGACAACUGCCGUAGUACAGAAGUAUCCCUAUGGCUUCUUUGCAAGAAGUUUUCUCAAAUAGUUGAUUAUACACAGCACAUUUAGAUUUUGUACAGUUCAUCCGAGACCUAUUUACGAACAAAAGAUUCAUCAACACUCAUUGAGCUUCACCGUUAACUUGGAGAUGCAAACAAUAUUGAAAAAGUUGAAGUACACGAGCUUCGUAGCAAGUGGAAUGAGUAUUAAUUUUAUUUCUCUAACACUGUCAAUACUUAUUGUUACUUAACUAUUGAGAAUACAGGACCGAAUGAAAUACAUUCGCCGUAAAUGAAGAACAUGUAAUGUUAUUUCUUCAAAAGAACAGCGUACCGUCAAUUCGAUGCUGUAUCGGUGGAAAAAGUUUUCGUGACUGCAAUUACUCAUUAAUUACAACAAUCAACAAACGAUAUAUUAUCUACAUUUGAUUUUUAAAACAUGAUAAAUUUGAACGACUUGGCAAUUAAUUCCU